UUUGUUAUCAAUAUCGGAAUGGAAACGUCUUACGUGUCAUCUCGAACAGAGCAUCUCCGUCAAACUGUGUUGAUUUGGUCUGAGUUGUAAUUAUGAGACGUAGUGCAUUCAAAAAGCAAACUAUCAAAAUAUGAAUAUUAUAGGUUGUGCGAAUGCUUGUGUGAAUACAUGCGUAAGCGCAUUUGGUAGAGUGCGAAGCGGAACUUGCUUGUAUGUAAAAAUAUUGUAAGAGGGGCAGUGGAAAGGCAGAAAUUGGUAAUUCAGUUAACGGAAAUCAUAUUUCAAAUCACCAAAGCUGUAUAACCAACGCUACACUCAAACGUUUUUCACAAUGUCUGAUCUUGGAAGCGGCGACGAUGGCAUGUCAGGAUCAAAAUAUAAUGCGAGUAAUAUGGAACGCUCUUCAAGUAGAAAUGAUUUUGAAUCGGGAAAAGCUAGCAGUGCUGUCGAACAAGAAUUGGCGACAAAAAUGCUUCAAAUCCAAUCGAAACGAUUUUACUUGGAUGUUAAACAAAAUCGUCGGGGACGCUUUAUAAAGGUGGCUGAGAUUGGAGCAGACGGCAGAAGAAGUCAAAUAUAUUUAGCUCUGUCGACAGCAGCUGAGUUUCGUGAUCAUCUAUCAUCUUUUAGUGAUUAUUAUGCAUCUCUAGUUAAUCGAAACGCAGGGCCACCAAACACUGACAAUUUACCGGAGGAUGGCAAAUUGAAAUCAGAGAUGAUGAUCAAGGACAAUCGAAGAUAUUAUUUGGACUUGAAAGAAAAUGCACGAGGAAGAUUUUUAAGAGUUUCGCAAACAAUAACAAGAGGUGGACCCAGAUCUCAAAUCGCAUUGCCAGCUCAGGGUAUGAUCGAGUUUCGCGACGCGUUAACUGAUUUGUUGGAAGAGUUUGGAGCUAAUGAUGCAGGAUUUAAAGGUGAUUUACCCGAAGAGCGGCAUAUGAAAGUGGACAACAAGAACUUUUACUUUGAUAUAGGACAAAAUAAUCGAGGUGUUUACAUGCGAAUAAGUGAGGUGAAGAAUAAUUUUCGCACUUCUAUAACUAUACCUGAAAAGUGUUGGCUACGAUUUCGUGAUAUUUUCAAUGAUUAUUGCGAUAAAAUAAAAAAGUCUCCUGAUGCUAAUACUGCCGACAACAUUGUACCAUCAACAGCUAACAGUCUUAAAUAAUGUGCAAUAAUGAAUUAAUGAAUAAAUAUAUAUAUA